CGCCCCGUGACGUCAUCGCCGGGUGGGGGCAGCCGCGCGCCCCGGCUGUCUGUGCGGCCCAGUUGUGUCGCUCCGUUGCCAGGCGUGUAGCAGCGUGCGGCUCAGUCCAGCCUCUCGGCGAGACCACCAGAGACAGCCCACCAGCCGCCACACAGAUGAGGCCUGCCACCACCACCACUGCCACCACCGCCGCCCCCGCCGCCGACAUCUCUGCCAGCGCACCUCGCCAGACACCUGCUGCUGCACGGCCCACGACUCCUCAACCUGAUGAGGCCACUGUCUCUCGCAUGCGGAGGCUCUCUGCAAAGACGAGAAACAUGAGGCUGGUCCAUGCGGCUGGGAAGAGGGCAGUGGGGCAGCUGAGGGCGCUGCUCGCCGCUGGGGCAGACGUGGGGGCGAGGGCCGGGCUGGAGGGGCGGACCGCCCUGCACUGGGCAGCGCGCAGGGGAGACGUCGAGGCGGCGAGGCUGCUGCUGGAGGCAGGGGCGGCGGUGGACGCCAGGGAGAUCAAGGGCAAGCAGAGGACGCCUCUGCACCUGGCUGCAGAGCAGGGAGGCGCCGCUGUCGCGCGGCUGCUGCUGCGGGCGACCGCCGACCCCAACGCCAGAGAUUGCAGAGGGUGGAGGCCUCUGCAUCUUGCAGCAGCCUAUGGCAAGGCAGAAGUGGCGGCUGCGUUGCUCGACGCGGGGGCCGACAGGGGGGCCACAACUGGUGAUGAUGGGGAGACAGCACUGGAGAUCGCCAGGGAGUCGGGCUACAGGCGGGUGGUGGAGAUGCUGUCAUGAGGCAGCCAGUACAACGAACUCUGUGCGAGAAAAGAGAACUGAAACAAUUUGUAGAAGAGCAGUAUUCACAAUUUUUUAAAUAAAGAAGCAAAUAACUCAA